GAUCUAACAUUAAAGAACAUACAAUUUAGAGAAGUCAAUCGCAUACAGUGGUCGUUUGCCCUGCAAAAUGCUCGGUACUGUAAUCGUGGGACUAGGGUGGAUUUUGGGAUGUCUGGGAAUGCGGAAACCCCGUCCGCCACGCACGCUAACGCACACGCACACAUGCGCUCGGACACACAGACACAUGACCAUGGCCGUAACCGAUGAGAGGCGUCUACAAUCCUCUUUUUAUUUCACGUGACCCGGCCGUGCUUGUCUUGGACAGAUAACAUGUUUUUGAUAUAAUAAUGGUAUUGGCGUUUUCGUUUCGUCUACAGGACAGUAUGAGUGUACUGUUUGGAAUUCCGAUACAGACUAUUUAGUGCCGAAGACCUACUUUACUAUCAGAUGUUUUGAGUUUGUCUUAUCAGACCUGUUCGUGCACUCUCGUCUGUGAUUAACAUGUACUUCGGUGUUUCGUCAUUCAGUCCCAGUAUAAAGAUUAUUGUACAUUCUGUUUACAGCUAGACAGUGGUGCACUAGACUGGUAGAUCCGUUGAAAAAACAACAACAAAACAUGAUUACCUGGAACAGAGGAAGUCCAUGGAAAGUGAAUGUUUGGCAAUUUAGCGCUAUCGUCAUUUGUGCAAUAUGUGUUCGUGAGGUCCGAUCACAUAGAGAUGACAACCCAGGAAAGUCAGAUGAUAUACAGCGCCCACCAUUCCUGGGAAAUCCUCCAAAGAUCGCCGAACAGUGGCCAAUUAAAAUGCCAUUUUAUGGUUUGGACUACUUCUCCAGACUUGGCCAAGACAAGAAAAGAGAGUUUAACAAGCAGCGGUCCGAGCGGUCAGAGUUUUCUAGAGAUGAACACUUCUCACAUGAUUGGGAUUCGUUUAAUGGACCCAGACUUUCUAUCUCCCUUUACCCUAUCAAGAUGGUCAGACAAAUUAAGAAGCGACGAGACACUAUCACAGAGGUGAAGCAACCGUGGUUUCCGGUAGACAUGACCGCUUAAGACAUCCACAAUUUAAACACAACACAAGAUUUGGAUAGUUUAUUACAGUCGGACCGGUCCACAGCCACUUGUGAGGAAAAUACAAAACACAAAUAAAUACAUGUAACAAUG